AUGGUCGACGAAGAGGGUGGACAUCCUGGCCUUAGUGGAGCUCAGCAAGCAUUUCCAGGGUUAGAAGCUCUCCUUACAGUCCCUUUCUCCUUCAUCGCCAAAUACACGCACAACAAAAAGGAGGCGGAGGCCCUGGUUCAGAUUUCCCUCCUAGCCGUCCGUCUGGAUUCUCUGCUGGACUCCCUCCGUGUCGCAGCCGAUCAUGCUGCGACCCUCGCGUCACCGCCCUCCUCCCCUUACUGGACCAGCUUCAACUCCAACGUCGGCACGACCUGA